AUGGCCAAUGGUGCAACAUUAGCCUCAUUUCUAUGUGGUUGGACUUUAACCGCUAGCAGGGCUUUUGAAAGCAUUGCUGAUCCUCUUUUUGAUAUGGCAACCCUCUUUCCCCCGAGUGAUCAUCUGCAUGUGAUCAUGCCAUCUGGUUUGUUUAGUAAGCAGAAGAUUGUAACUAAGAGGUUUGUGUUUGAUGCAACCAGCUUAGCCACUCUAAAAGGCAGAGCUGCUAAGGCCACCUGCAUGAACAACCCGACUCGCAUUGAAGCCAUCACAGCUCUUCUCUGCCAUGCGUUUGGCAAUCUCUGGCGUAACGCCAUUGCUUCAAUAGCAGAGGGCAACAACAAGAUAGAGCUGCCUGAUAUAGUUGUUCAGCUGAGGACAGCCACAAGGAAGAUCAAUAAAGAGUACGUGAGGAAACUUCAAGGUGAAGAUGGGCUAUCACAGGCUAUUGAAUCUCUGAAAGAAGUAAGUGAAAUGGUGACCAAAGGGCAGGUUGAGUUUUACAGGUCUGGCAGUUGGGUGAGAUUUCCAUUUUACCAGACUGAUUUUGGAUGGGAAAAGCCUAUGUGGGUAUGCACCAGCAAUGCGCCUAUUAAGAAUGUUGUUAUCUUGAUAAAAGCACGAGGUCCGGUGAUGGAAAAGAGGCAUGGGUAUCGAUGGAUGAACAACACAUGA